CAAAUAAUUCCACAUCCCUUGCCAGUAAGCUUCAUAAGUUGAAUAAACUCAGACAUGAAUAGAAUGUUUUCCCGACUUGCAACUUCGAGCCUUAUUUGGCGUCGCAGCUUUUCCAUUUCGACUGUUCGACCAAAGGAUGCCUGCUAUAAGGCCUUUGAGGAUAAGGUACGUGAAUACCGCCUUAAGAGUCCCGAUGGCAAGCCAGUCGAUCCUACUCCCGAAUACUACCAAGAGUUGGAGGAGGCCCUUGCCAAGUUGGCCGAGACCUAUGGCGGGGGCAAAGACGUGGACUUGCUCGAGUUUCCGAAAUUUCAAAUACCCGAUAUAGAAAUUGAUCCCAUUUCGGUUUUGGAUCUUCCCGAGAACAAACCAAAGAAGGACGAAGGGGGCAAGACUAUUGAGGCCAAGGAGGCCAAAGGUAAAAAAGGCGAUCCCAAGAAGGGCAAAGAUGAUAAGGACAAGAAGGCGAAAGCCGGAGGGAAAGACGAUAAGAAAGACAAGAAAGAUAAACCAAAAUCCGAUGAAAAGAAAAAAUAAGCCUUCAAAUAUGGAUAGUUUUUCACAUAUUUUUAAAAAUUACUUGAUGUAGAAUCUACAUGGUAGAUUUCCAAUAAAGUUCGUUUGUAGUUCCACUGUAA